GGGGUUCUUUGAAGUCUCGGUCCGAACGGAGCCCGGGGUGGUUUCAGGGGUCCGGGUGGUUAAUAUUCGAUGGGAUUCGGCGAGCGUCGUGGGGACCGUCUCAAUUGCGGCUGGGGUUGAGCGAAUAGAGGAGUUGGGGGGGUGGGAGGAAGGUGAGGGGCGGGGAGGUGUAAGGUCUAGGAGCGGCCGGGAACUUCACACAGCGUGUGGCGAGCACUGCAUCCCGCAUUUCAGCCUCUUUCCAGUUCCUAGCCUCUGCUCUCCCUGCCCCACCUGCCCUCCCCGGUGUCCUCAUCACAUGCCUGAGUUCUCAGAUUCUCCUGAUUGACGAGGCAGCCUGGUCCCCACGCUGCUCCCUGCCUGCACCCCCCACCCGCCUCGCCCCCGCCCCGCCCCGUUGCUCUCUUGAAUGGCGUUUCUUCCAGGUCCCAGGCUCAGGCGAUCACUUCUUAGCCAUCGAUGGGGCGCCCUCUUAUGCCCCUGAAAGCUGUCCUCUCCUAUUCUUAGCUCUGCCGUCUCUUCUCACUUCUGGCCGCCGGAAACAAGGAGUUUCCAGUUUGGCGACGCUCGGGGGUCCCCAGCCCCCAGAGUUAGGGCCCUUUUUCUAGUGACCAGGGCGUCUGGGAAGGGGCGAGCUCGAUCCACACUCUUCCUACUGCUAUGGGCACUGUCGCGGCUCCUGAAUCACUGACGAAGGUUAGGUCUGAGGGCUUUGGGACCAAAGGUUUCUUCCUGAGAUUUCCGUGGUCUCCCCUCCCUACCCUCUUCUUCCCCCUCCCCCACUAACGUGAACUCUAAUUUUCCGCUGUGCUUGUGGUCCCAGGACUGAAUCUCUCCUUACCUCCUCCCUUGCUAGCCCUCGAGCCCCCUCAGGAUUUGCCCUCCCCCCUCCUUGCAGCCCCUCCCCUCCCUGCUCUCCCCUCCUCUCUACCGCUCUCUGAUCUCUUCCUAGGGCGUCCCCACCCUCAUCCCUUUUCCCACUACAGGUCCCGCCGCUCCCCUCAUGGGUCUUUUCCUGCGAGGACUGGUCACCUGCAAGGCUCUUACCUCCCGUCAGGUUUCACUAACCUUACUUUUCUUGGGAUGACUUUUACCCAUGAAUUUUCCCCUGCACCCCUCCACACUGCCCUAUUUGCAUCACCAGAGGGAGCUCUCCUGCCAAUGAUCCCUGGGCCUUGAGCACAGUGCCCAGCCCCUGGGGGAGGACUUCCCCAACUUGACACCCACCCUCCUACCUUCGCCCUGUGCAGGCACCUGCUCUUGGCCCUCCUCCAAGGGGGGCCUUUCCCCCAACACGGCCCCUCCCCACUCCUGCAUCCUGAACCUCACCCUCUGGAUUCCUCCACUCUCCAGGGCACAGGUGCUGGACUCCACGAGCCCUGGUCCCUCUGCAGCUGCCCCCAUGGCCCCUUGCCCUGCUCCCACCCUUGUCCGAGUGCCUUGGGCCCUCACCAAGUUCUCAUCAAUCACAGGCCCCCUCUUGUGGUGCCCAGAAUCUCCACCUCACUCUCACCCUCCCUCAACCAGGGUACCCCUCCUCUUCUGUCUUUACCUUAACCCAAGGCGGGGGGUCAGCCCUGAGCCAUGCUCAUCCCUUGCCCCUCAAUCCCAGGCCCUCACCACAUCUCCUCUGCAGUCUCUUCCCUUCCCCCACAGUAGGGAUACUGCCCUUGGUCCACUGCCCACCUCCUUAGCCUUCAUCACCCUCUCUUUGUUUCCACGACCCCAGUGGGCUCUCACUAUCUCAAUCUUGUAUCCGAAAUCCUUGUUUAUGCCACUUGGUCAGCAGGCCUUUCCUACAGGGAGUCUUCACCCAGGCCCCCACCCCCUGCUUGCUGGCUGCCUGACCCAAACCCUCUGAGGAGGUGUGAGCUCACUCCCUCCAGCCCCUCCCACCAUGUAGGUGCUUCCCAGUGUGCACCUUGGCUUUCAGUUCCAUCUUCUCUUGCCACUCCGGUGUCUUAAUUCUCCAUGACCCCUGUGCGCAUGGCACUGACUCCUCUCCCAGGGGACACUGGCAGGUGCCACCUCCCCACCUGGGGCCUCACCAUGCCUCUUUGCACUCUGUGCCCAGACCCGCUCCUUCACCUCCCCCAGGUUACUGGCCCAACUUCAUCUCUCUUGGGGCCACAGCCCAGCCCCUCAGGCCCCUCUGCCUCCUGCCUCAGCCCCCCUGGAGCCCGCCUUGUCCAUGAUGAGCCUGCACCAGGGGCAGCAGCCCUCGGUCUCCAUCUCACCUGGCCCCCCUCUGACCAGGGAUCCCUCUGGUCCUGGGUCUGACACUGCCCUUCCCUCCCUCUGACUCCACCUCCCCUCACCCUACUCUUCUUGCCUCUCCCCUUGCCCUCCUGCCUCGACCCUUAGGGAGCCGGUGCCUCCCUGCCCUGGCACUUUCCUACAUGUGUGUCCAUCUCUACUCUCUCCCUCCAUUCCUCGAGUCCCCUCUCCCUGCUUCUCUUUCCCGUUUUCCCGUGUGGAACUCCGCAUUCUGGUCCCUUGUACACAUGCAUGUUUUGCAUCCUCAGCACCUGGAGCAGGUCAGGACGCAGACCUUGUCUGUUAAACAUCUGAUGUGCACUUGUCUCCAGAAAGCAGCUUCAUCUGUGGUUCCUCCUUCCCCAGGAUCCCACAGUCUUUCUUACAACAUCAAAGUGCUCUCCCAGGAUGGCUUUGUGCAGUCCGGGUGUUUUGCUGAGGGAUACUUGGAUCAUCAGACCUUCCUGCACUAUGAUCACAACAAAGGCAGGGCAGAGCCCUGGGGACGGUGGGCUGAAAAGCUGGAAGCAGAGACGUGGGAGACAGAGUCCAAGGACUUGAACGAGACUUGGAAGGAGCUUGGAAAACUCCUGGCAGAGAUCUUGUCACUGCAGAAGGAGAAAGGAGGCUUCCAUUCCCUCCAGGAGACUGUGGGCUGCAAGAUCCAUGAAGACAGCCACCCCCGGGGCUUCCGGCUUCUCCACUUCAAUGGGGAGCUCCUCCUCUCCUGUUCCCCUGAGGCCCACGGAUGUGCCCUGCCCCAGUCCUCAGCUCAGACCUUGGCCAUGGAAGUGGUGAAGUCUUGGGACACAGAUGGCUUUCUAAGCAAGCAUUACCAGGCCCACGUGCAGGGAGAACUUUGUGGGAGACUGCAAGGCUACCUGGAAUCCUGGACGGGCUUCGUAGAGAGGACAGUGCCCCCAGCCGUGAAUGUGACCCGCAGCCGGGACUCAGAGGGCAUGGUCCACCUCACAGGCAAGGCUUUUGGCUUCUUUCCCCGGAAUAUUUCAGUGGUCUGGUUUUGGGAUGAGGAACCCAUGAGCCGGGACGCCCAGGAGUCUGGGGGUGUCCUGCCUGAUGGGAACAGGACCUACCACACCUGGGAAACCGUAAAAAUUCCCCAAGGAGAGGAGGAGCGGGUCAAGUCCAUUGUGGAAUACAGCGGAAAUCACAGUGCACACCUCUCACCCUUGGGUGAGACUGGGGUGGGCCUGGAGGCGGUUGUGACCCUGGGAGGGUCAGAGGCCAGGGUCAGGGAGAGGAGAGCAGGUUGUGGCUCUGGGGUGCCCGGGUUGUAUAUAAUAAGGUCCUUUUCCAGGAAAGAGCCUGGUGCACCAGAGAUCAUGGUGGAUCGUGAGCAUUCCUGUUAUUGUUUUUAUCAUCGGAUUUUGUGUCUAAUGUUAUAUUAAGAAGAGGAAGACAGCAUCAGCUACAGGGAGGCCAGAGCCUAUUAGCGUACAAGACCUGGAUCAAUUCCAGAUGGAACCAACUGAACAUAAUGGCCUCACACACCCAGAAUUUCAGUCCCUGUGUCAGACUCCGGCUCCAUCAGUCUAACAGGAGAAGCUUAGAAUCUGCAGCCAGGAGGCCUGAAUUCAGUUCCUAGUUCUGGUCUUAAUAGCACUUUUUCUUUGUUGUGUGUUCUGUUAUUUAUCUUAUUAUUUUUAAUUAUUUUUAUUUUAUGUUUUAUUUUUAACUGAGAAUACUAGCAUUAUAAUGUAUCGGUUUCUGCCAUACAGCACUGUGAAUCAGCCAUAAGUAUACAUGUAUCUCCUCCCUCCUUCCCUGCCACCUCCCCCAUCCCACCCCUCUAGGUCGCUGAGCACCAGGUUGAGUACGUAGUCAGGUCCUGUUCUGUCCCUGCCUGGUACACAGUAAGGUAAUGGGAAUAGAGGACUCAUUCCAUAUCUGUUUAUCCCAGCACCUUUUUACACAUGAUAAUAGAUAUAUUUCAGUGCUACUCUCAGUUCGUCCCACCCUCUCCUUCCCUCACAAGUCCAUUCUCCACGUCGGUGUCUCUAUUCCUGCUCUGUAAAUAGUUCAUCAGUACCGUUUUUCUAGAUUCCAUAUAGAUGUAUUUUUUAUUAUUUUUGAAGGUAGUUGAUUUAGAGUAUAACACAUUCCUUCUUGAAGUCUCCAUUUCUUCAUCUAUGAAAUGAGAAAACUAGUGUUUAUUUCCAGUUAUGGUUAGGGUGAUUAAAACCAAUAAUAUAUUUGAGGUGAUUGCAGCUGUACCACACUGCUGCUGCUGCUGCUAAGUCGCUUCAGUCGUGUCCAACUCUGUGCGACCCCACAGACGGCAGCCCAUCAGGCUCCCCCAUCCCUGGG